AGGAUUUUCGUACAUAAACCGAAAGCAAACACGACAAAUAUCAUCUUAGUACAAGACAUUGUAUAACAAACAACAUGAAUAAUUUUCAAAUAUUUUCCAUUUUGUUUGGCAUUCUGCUCAUUACUUUGAUAUCUUCUGAUGCAGAGACCAUCAAAUCUUUAUUGAAAAAUGAGCUAUAUUCAAAAUUGUUAUUCAAACGUUCACCACAUAGUGAGAGAAGCAGCUCUGACUGUUGUUCUGACAGUUCUUCGAUGGACAGUUGUGAGGCUAGUCCAGGACCUCCUGGACCACCAGGAGCUGCUGGUAAAGCAGGACCUCCUGGACCACCAGGACUUCCUGGACCACCAGGACUUCCUGGACCACCAGGACCUCUUGGACCAGUAGGACCUACUGGAGAGAAAGGAGCUGAUGGUAAUGCAGGACCUCCUGGACCACCAGGAGCUGAUGAUAAAGCAAUACUUGCUGGAUUACAAAGACUUGCUGGACCACCAGGACUUGCUGGACCACCAGGACUUGCUGGACCACCAGGACAGAAAGGACCUAAUGGUAAUGCAGGACCUACUGGAAAGAAAGGAGCUAAUGGUGAAGUAGGAGCUAAAGGUGAAGCAGGACUUCCUGGAGAGAAAGGAGCUAAUGGUAAUGCAGGACCUCCUGGAGAGAAAGGAGCUAAUGGUAAUGCAGGACCUCCUGGAGAGAAAGGAGCUAAUGGUAAUGCAGGACCUACUGGAAAGAAAGGAGCUAAUGGUGAAGUAGGAGCUAAAGGUGAAAACGGAGUUCCUGGACUAACUGGAGAUGAGGGACCUCGUGGAGCACCAGGACUUGCUGGACCACCAGGACCUACUGGAAAGAAAGGAGCUAAUGGUGAAGCAGGAGCUGAUGGUAAAGCAGGACUUCCUGGACGAAAUGGAGCUGUUGGACAACAAGGACCUCCUGGAGAGAAAGGACCUAAUGGUAAUGCAGGACCUACUGGAAUGAAAGGAGAUAAUGGUGAAGACGGAGCUGAUGGUAAAGACGGAGCUGAUGGUGAAAACGGAGUUCCUGGACUAACUGGAGAUGAGGGACCUCGUGGAGCACCAGGACUUGCUGGACCACCAGGACCUCCUGGACCACCAGGACCUGCUGGAGAGAAAGGACUUAAUGGUAAUAAUGAGGUACCUAAUGAAAUUCGUCAAUGUCCUGUUGCAACAGAUCCUCCUAGAGAGAAAAAUGUUAAUGCAUGUGAUGAAACUUUGCAAACUGUUGGACCUGAGGAUCAAUAUAGAUUUGAUUUAUUAGUUGACAUGCCUCAAUCUGAUGAACCUUGUAAAGAUGAUUCUAUAAACAAUGAUGCUCCUGGUUCAUUUCAUAAAAUUGUUGUGGUAACUGAUAAUAAUGGAUCCAGUACAUAUCACAAACUCUUCUAGCGGAAAAGCGGUGUACUUAGAAGUUUACAAAAUAUGGCUACGCCUAGUGACAGCUGUUCUCAAUAGUAAACAGUGUAAAGAUAUAUAAUAAUUUUAGAAAAAGUGUACAAAUUUUUGAUCUCAAUAAAACUAUUUGACUUGACUUGAAAAGAAAGAAAAAAGUUACACACAAAAAUUUUAAAUAAAACCUAAAUUUUUUGAAAAUAUAUUUAAAAAUUGGUAAGUUUUUGCUUAUUUAUAUACGAAUAUAUAAUUUAGAUUUUUAAAAUAUUUGUUUUCAAUUAUUUUUCAUAAUGAAAUAAUAAAGGAAUUGCAAUAAUUUGUUGUAAAUUAUAUAAAAAUAAUAAAAAUAUAAUUAAUUUUUUUUCAUUGUAGCCGUAUAUAUUUCAAACGAAAUUUCUUAAUUUUUUUUUAUUUUUAGGUUAUAUUUACAUGUAAACAAACAAAAUAUAAUGACAAGUUCAGCAAGUAUUUUGUUAACAUUCAAAUACAUAAAAAAUAAUUUGUAUCAAGUAAAGUUGCCUGUGUUAAUGCUGAUUCAUUGAUCAAUUUAGCAGGCUCAUUUUUCACUUUUUUAUUUAUAAUUACACAAAAUUAACUCGCAUCAAACACAUUUAAUAAAAAAAAAAAAAAAAAAAAAAAAAAAAAAAAAAAAACGCCAACUGACAGAUAUAUAACAAACACUUACAUAAAAAUGUACCACGUUACCUGUAAUUCCUCGCUUUUCCGCUAGGGUUGUUAGUAUCGGGGAUAUGUAAAUGCUUCUAUUAAAUCUGGAAAGGCUGGGGAAGAAUUUUCAAAAACGGCUUAUAGAGUGGGUGCUCCUUAUACUACUUCAUGUUGAUAAGUAAAAUACGUGUAAUAUUAUAGUCUAAUAAGUGAUCAAGUGUACACUUCUUCAACCAGUAAAUCCCUCCUCGAAUUAGAUUAGAUAGAGAUAUGGCCAUAUUCUAUGUAUUAUGAUUUUACUAAUUUUUUUAUCACAUUAUUAUAUGUUUUAUUGAUCUUUAUUAUUAUUACUUUUGUAUAGGUUAUAAGUAUUUUUUGAAAUAAGUGAUCAAGUGUACACUUCUUUAACCAGUAAAUCCCUCCUCGGAUUGUAUUAGAUAGAGAUAUGGCCAUAUUCUAUGUAAUAUGAUUUUACUGAUUAUUUUAUUACAUUAUUAUAUGUUAUGAGUAUUUUAAAUAUUUUUAUAUUUCUCUCUUG